AGCCCCUCCUUGAUGCCUCCGCCUAGCCCACCCCCUCGCUCCCGACUCCCACGCCCCUGGCUCUCCCUCACACCGCCGGGUCGGAGCACCCGAGAAGGGAGAAGCCACCCACGAGCUCCAGAUCGCCAGAGGCUCGCCAUGGUGCGCGGCCGCCCGCGGAGGCGGGGCCGUGCCCGCGCGGAGCUCGGCGGCGAGGCGGCGCGGGCGGACGGGGAGGAGGACCCGGUCCCGUUCCGGCUCGGCACCCCGGUGGAGGUGCGCAGCGACGACUCCGGCUUCGCCGGCUCCUUCUACGAGGCCACCGUCGUCGGUUACCAGACCAGCGGGCCUGGCUACGUAGUGGCCUACUCCACGCUCACCCGGAGCGGGGACGGGGGCUCGCCGCUGCGGGAGAAGGCCGCGGCGGCGGACGUGCGCCCCCGGCCGCCCCCCGCGCUGCCGCGGGGGUUCGCGGUGCACGAGAUGGUCGAGGCGUUCCACAACGACGGCUGGUGGGCCGGCGUCGUCAGCGCCUUCUCGCCGGCGGUGCCGGAGGACGAGACCUCAGAGCGGCCCUGGCGGCGGGUGUACAGGGUGUGCUUCCCGACGACGCGGGAGCUGCUGGAGUUCGAGGAGACGGCGCUGCGGCCGAACCGCGUGUUCCAGGGCGAGCGCUGGGUUCCGGCUGCAGAGGCGGAAAAUGGAAUACCUCUAUUCAGAGAUGGAAGCGAAGUUGAAGUGAGUCGGUCUGUAGAAACCUUUGGCAAAUACUGGAGUCCAGCUAUUAUUCUGAAAGUAAUUGGUGCUACAAGUUUCUUAGUACAAUACAAAGAUGUAAGAGAGGAUGGAGAACAGGUUACUGAGAUUCUAGAUUCUCAAUAUAUUCGGCCAUCACGAAAGAUCAUUCAUAUGGACUCUAAGUAUAGGUUUCCUCCAUCUUCGCAUGUGGAGGUCUUUCAUGAAGGUAGCUGGUGGACUGGCGCUAUUUUAGAGAUUUUGGACAAUGAAUCUCCCAAAAAGUAUGUUGUUAAAAUCAAGAGUGAAGAUGCAGACAUGGAUGAUUUGGAAUGUGUGGAUUUGUUGACUGUUGACCAUACACAGCUAAGACCAAAAUACAACUGGUAUCGUGGAAAGUGGGUGCGCUUUUUGACAGAGAAACCUGCUAAUAGAGGGCCACAAUUAACACCCUGGAAAAGGCCACUUUCUGCUGCGUUGGCCGCAUGUAGUGACAGUGUUGAACUUACUCUGUCGGCACCAUGUAACGACAGUGAAGAGAUCAGAGAUGAACCUGGUUCUUAUCUUAAGGAGAUCAACAGUGAAGAUGUAGUAUUGAAAAAGUUUUGUCCUGACUUAGUGGUGUGUAAUGAACAUGAUCAAAUCAAGCAUAUGCUAAGCUCUUCUCCUGAAAAAGUGGUGAAGCAACAAAACACGUUAUUACCAUUCGAGUCCCACUUGACAGUUCCUUCACAGUCAUCGUUGAUAGGAUUCUGCAGUUUGAAAUAUGAUCCUAAGCUUUGUCUAAGUGGUCAAGUUGAAUUAUCCUCUUCUCGGAUGAUUACCAUGCAUUCUGUGUCACAGACUGGACAGUUGCAAGCUUCGUUAUUUGGAGCAUUUGGACAACUAAGGCCUCUCCCGCAGGGCCCAAUUUUCAGAAUGCAAUCACAUACCAUAGAUUUUGGCAGCAUUGUAGGAUCAGCAAAGUCUUUUACUGAUCAGGGAAAGCAAGCAAAUGAGAAAUGUGGUAAUCUGAUGGCUGGUUCUAAGCAGAACACCAAUUUUGGAUCAUUUUCUGGAACUGGUCUGUCCAGGAAAAGACUAUUUACUGGUCAGGGAAAGCAAGCAAAUGAUAAAGAUUGUUAUCUGAUGACUGGCUCUAACUGGAACAUCAAUUAUGGAUCAUCUUCUGGAACUGAUCUGUCCACGAAAAGACUGAUGGAGAGUGUUUCUCCUCAAACAGCACUGCUAUUAGGACGGAGACCUAAAAUUAUGCAAAAAAGGAAAAGGAUGGCUGAUAAAAAAGUUAAGGAAGCCAGCAAACUUGCAGCUAUCUCUGAAGAGCCCACUGUACCGAACAACGAUGAUGGCAAAGAUCUGCCUGAGAAUUUAGAUCCAGGUCCUGUAUUACUUUCGGAAGUAAAUACAGUGACUCACACUGACUCAAGGCCCCGAAAGGAUGAUAAAGGUUCACAGGGAGUUAGUGUUUUUCUGAGGGAGAGUAGUGUUGCAGAUGAGAUCAUACCAAGUGGAGUACCAAUUGGACUCAACAAAUUUCACCAAGAGGAUUAUAUUGGAUUAGCACAACAAGGUGCAACUGAAGUUAGUGUUCUGAUUGAAAAGUCAAUGCUAUCUAUCACUCCAGCAUUUGACAAUCCUGGUGAGGCACAUGUGUUCACUUCAUAUUCUUCAACUCAAUGUGGAAACGAGGCAGCCAGUGCUAACAAGUCUUUAAUAAUCAUGGAUCAAGGCACUAGUGAAGAAUUUUGUCAGCAGUCUUCUGUUAUGGAUGAUGAUGCUAAUGUUAGUUUGCUGCCUUCAGCAGAUAGUUGUGAAGAUACUGGGGAUAAAGAUAACAUGGAGGCCAUGGUGAAGUAUGUCGGAAGCUAUGCUGUUCCAACUGAAAAUGUCUCUAGUAUGGGCAUCGUGGCUCCGAAUCGGUUACUGUCCAGUGAGAAUCCUGAGGAUGCGGAUCAUCAAGAAUACACCUGUAAUAUGCCUGAAACUAAGCAUGCAGGUGCUGAUGGUCUGUCCUCAGUUAUAUCCUUCCCUGCAUUCAAGAAAUUUGCAGCUCAUAAGCAACAGGGAAUAUCACAACAGGAUCAUAGUUCAGCCAUGAUAGAGUUUGCAGCUGAAGGUAUCCAAUCGAUCGAGAAUUCAGAAAUAACACAGCUGUCUUCUAUCAGUAUGAGCAGCUUUACUGAAGCAGAACAAGGUGGCACAUCGAUUGAUCCAAAAUAUUCUGAGCAUACGGUAAUGUCCAAGUUUGUUCCAAGCAAAACACAAGGUUCUCGCAUGUCCUUGUUGCAGAGAUCUCUUGAUGUCCGCGAAAGCAUUAUGGCUGAUCGAACUACAGAAUCAUUGGCUAUCGAGAAUCUUCCAUUCAUGAAGACAUCUCCGAUGUGGGAACAGAUUGAGGCAAUGGAAGUUUUCCGUAAUGUGCCGCAACGACCAAAUUUUCAUAAUUUCCAGCAGCAUGUUCCGGAGCUCCGUGAAGGAAUGGCUUUGGGUUUGAUGCUCUCUUUUGCCAAUUUGGCAGAAAGCAUAAGAAGGCUGAGUAUUCAUGAUGAGGUUGCGCUUUUUGAAGAGAAGAUGAAGGGCCUUUCUUUGUUGGAGGCAGAUGGUUUUGACGUUAGGCACCUGCGAUCACGGUUGGAAACACUGCUGCACAUAAGGAAUGUCUGCUCCGAACUGCAGGCUGCUAUUAAAGAAUUGAAGAAUAGGAGUUCUCACAAUGAAACUGAUAAUAGACACCUGAGUGCACAAAUUGAUUUGCUAAAUAUGACUGUCCGUCAUCUUGAACUGCAGGCUUAUCUCUUCCGCUGCAUAACACAGUCUGCUAUCUCACAGAAGAUGAACAAUGCUUCAGAGGACUUAAGGCUCAAAACAGAAGCCGGCAUGCUUGAGCGGUCAUAUUUGUCUGCCGAGCAGCAGUUCAACAGUGCUGCCACAGCAUCAUGGGCUGCCCUGCUACUGUCUAAACUGAUGAGCUUAUGCCUGUUAUGUUGCUGGGAUGUCGUUGCACAUGAGCGUUUAUUGAAAUAUCCUACGGUCUAGGCUCGGUAUGGUUUCCAUGUUCUUAAGUUUGUUUCAAACCACCAGUUUGUAAUAACUCGUACCUUUUAAGUAUUUAUGUAAAAAUGUAAUGGUCGUUGAUGCUUUC